AUGUGUCUAACUGCACAUUUCAUUAAUGAUGAUUGGAAGUUACCAAAGAGGAUCAUAAAUUUUUGUCAAGUUGAAGACCACAAAGGAGAAACUCUUGGUAAAAAAAUUGAGGCACUUUUAAAGGAGUGGGACAUUGAUGGCCUUUUUACCUUAACUGUGGAUAAUGUGAGUUCCAAUAAUCUAACCAUUAGAUUCUUGAAACGAACAACAAAAUUGUGGAAGGGAACUAUCUUGGGCCAUGAAUUUUUACACAUGCGUUGUUGUGCGCAUAUUCUAAAUCUUAUUGUUAGUGAUGGAUUGAAGGAUCUUGAGUUUUGUAUAGCGAAUGUGAGGCAUGCAGUGAGGUAUGUGAGGUCUUCUCCAAGCCGCCUUGACACUUUUAAAAAUUAUGUGGAAAGUUUGAAAAUUGAGAGUAAGAGUCUCUUGUGCCUAGAUGUGCCAACACGGUGGAAUUCAACAUAUCUUAUGUUGGAGGCAGCAGAAAAAUUUGAGAGUGCUUUUCAAAGAAUGGGUGAGGUGGACUACAAUUACAAACACUACUUUUUGGAUAAUGAAGGGGGUGAGAGGAGAGAGAUGCCUACAGCCGAGGAUUGGGAUAAUUGUAGGGUGUUUUUGAAAUUUCUUAGAAUGUUCUACAAUGCCACAACGAGAUUUUCUAGGUCUUUAUUUGUUACUUCAAACACAUUCUACACUGAAAUUUUUGUCAUUGAAAAUUUGAUUGGACAAUUAAUCAAAAACAAUGAUCCUAUUUUGUCUUCAAUGGCAAAGAAAAUGAAAGAGAAGUUUGACAAGUAUUGGGGAAAUGGGGAUAAAAUCAAUCUACUUUUGUAUGUUGCGGUUGUGCUUGAUCCUAGAAGAAAAAUGAAAUACUUGCAAUUUUGUUUUUCAACAAUUUUUGGUGGAGAUAUGGUGAAAGUGAAAGAAAUGUUAGAUAAGGUAAAAAAUUGUUUGGGCAAAUUGUAUGAUCAUUAUGCCACACUUGAGCCAACAAAUGUGCAUGCCUCCAAUGUAAAUGAAAGAGUAGAUAUGGUGAUAGCUGAAAAUGACCCACACUCUAUUGUGAACUCUCAAUUUAACUCAUUUUUUGAGGGGCAAUUUUCUAGUAGUGGGAGUAUGUCGGAAUUGGACAAGUACUUGGGUGAUAUUAAGAAAGGUGGGAAUAAUUCUCAAUUUGAUAUCUUGGAGUAG